AUGGAAAAAUCCACAUAUCAAAAAGGUUUAUUGCAACAAGAAGACCUUUCAAUCAACUCUGAUGGAAUUUUUGAAUUUGAUAGGCUUUUUGAGACCAAACCAAAAGAAAACUACAAGUGUUGGCAGGUAAAAUACUAUAGACCUUACUUCAAUGUAGAUACACGUACAGUUUUUCACAGGAUAUUUAUCUCAAUAAUUCCUAUUGCACCGUCUGGAUUUUUUGGCUCUGCAAAGCCAGAUGCAUAUGGCCCGUUUUGGAUCGCGACCACAGUCAUUUUUAUGCUUUGUGCAUUUGGAAAUAUUGAAUCAGCAAUUAACUACAAUACAAUCGGACCACAUUUAUCUAAUUUUUUGGUGGCAGCUUCAAUUAUUUAUGGACUUUUAGUUGCUUUUCCUUUAAUUUCUUGCUGCUUACUAUCAAAUGUGGGAUUUAUUUAUUUGGUUUCUUUAUAUGGGUAUUCUUUUUCUUUGUAUUUAUUUAUUUUACCAAUUUGCAUUUUUACGUCACAGGUUGUAAGAAUUGUGCUUACACUGUCAGCGGGGUUAUGAAGUAUGGGAGCUUUAAUAAAAAAUUUAGUGAGUGAGAAUAAUAUUAAUGGGAAACUGAAAGCAGUUAUAGCGGCUAUGCUGUUCUUAGGUGAAGUUUCAAUUGUUUUGGUUACAAAUUUAGUUUUUUUUAAAUAA